AUGCCAGGUGUCCCAACAGGUCGGGCCUGUGACGCGUGUCGCGAGCAGAAGAAAAAGUGCGACGAGAAACAACCUGCGUGUGGACGAUGUCUUCGUUUGAAAGUGAGCUGUGUGGGGUCCGGUCAGCGACGAUUCAAGUUCAAAGAGCAACAAUUUCCCUCAAAAUCAAACCAAAGCAGCCAAGUAGCCCUCGCAUCGGGAUCAAGAUCAACAGAAAAAGAAAAAUCUUCUUUUGAGCUACCCCGGGCAUGUCCUGGUAACGGUAUGACAUCCUUGACUAAUUCGUUUGUCGGCGCCAUAAAACGAUCCACAGACCUCCGGUACAAUAUCUGGUGGUCUUUCGGCAUUUUCCUGGAAGAUGUGCCCCGACGACUCGGCAGUAAUGAAGCCCUCGACCGUGCAGUUGACGCGGUGACCACUGCCCACGCAGGCUUCUGCACCCGCCAACCAGCUUCGGUUGAGGCACUAGCCAAGUAUUCAUAUGCGCUCAAAACUCUAAGAGUCUAUCUAGAUGAUCCGCUGCAGGCCAGUGCUUCCAGUACACUAUGUGCCGUGAUGAUACUUUUGAUCUGCCAAAUAUUCAUCGGAAAUAACGGACAAAUGCUAUCAGGACACGCGCAAGGGGCCGCCAGCAUUCUGCACGCGCGAAAGAACUUCGGGCCACGCGACGACUUUGAGCAUAAAUUAUUCCUCUCUUUACGGGGAAGCGUGUUAUUCGAGAGUUUGUACAAUGAUGCUAUCGACCUGAGCCCAGAGGAGUGGGAUGCCUUAGUCAAGAAUGACUUUGAUCAAAACGAACCCGAAGGUCAGAUUUUGCGAUGUCUAGCACGAGCACCCGUCCUAAUCAAACGCGGCAAACGAGCUAUACGCGACGGCGAGGAUUUAACACACUUGAUGAUGGAAGUCCGACCAAUAUACGAAAAAUGCAAAUUGAUCUUGGCUGAAUUGAAAGCACGAACGGUCGAAUUUGAAACGUCGGAGCUCAGCACCAUGACAGAAACCUUCAUGGCCCGGAUCUUGCGAGCACAUUAUCUCCGCACUCAUGGAAUUGGUCUUGCAAUCACAACAUUUUUCAAUUGCAUCCUUCAGGCACUGGAUCCUAGUGACUGCGCUUGUAUGGUAGAAUCGAGGUCCCUUGUUAAAGAUACUCUCCUACAUGCUCAGGAAUCCAAUGUGUACAGGCCUGUCGGAGCCGGAUACGUAAUAAUGUGUCUGUCAGCGGCAUGGGCCGUUACUGCGGACCCCCAACUGCGACUGAUGGUGGAAGCCACCUUGAUUGACUACCAUGGUGACUUUGUGACCCCCGAUGGCGUGAAUAUACCCCGAGAGCUUGAACGGGUGAGUGAGCACUUAUGGCUCGGAUCGAGUGCAGUGCUCAGAUGA